CAGAGGAGCUCAGACCGGAGUGUCUGGGCGAGAAGGGAAAAGAGGAGAGCGACGAGGCGAGCGCGGCGGCGGGGCACACGCGGAGUCCUGGCCACCUCCUUCUUCCCCACAGAGCCAGGGUGGCGUGUCUUGGAACAGGUCCAGGGUUUGGGACCCAUCACCCUGCACCAUGGCCACAUUCAGUGUAAAGCCAAGUCAGCGCUUCCAGCUGCCGGACUGGCGCACUAAUAGCUACCUGCUGUCCACCAAUGCUGAGCGGCAGCGAGAUGCUUCCCAUCAGAUCCGUCAGGAGGCCCGGGUCCUCCGCAAUGAGACCAACAACCAGACUAUUUGGGAUGAACAUGACAACAGGACUCGACUGGCAGAGAGGAUUGAUACUGUCAACAGGUGGAAAGAGAUGCUGGACAAGUGUCUGACUGACUUAGAUGCUGAGAUUGACACCCUGACACAGAUGAAGGAAUCAGCAGAGAAAAAUUUGCAGGCCAAGAAUCUGCCUCUGGAUGUGGCCAUUGAGUGCCUGAGCCUGCGGGACAGUCGGCGAGACAUUGACUUGGUGAGGGAUCCUGUGGAGACUGAGCUGCAUAAAGAGGUGGAGGUCAUUGAGGCCACCAAGAAGGCCUUACAACAGAGGAUCAACCAGGCCUUCGAGCAGCUCUGCCUCCUGCAGGAAGUCCAACAGCAGCUCAACUUUGACCAUCGGGGCAAAAUGGAGACACUGGAGAUCGACAGAGGCUGUCUCUCUCUCAACCUAACAUCCCCAAACAUCUCUCUGAAGAUCAACCCUACACGUGUCCCCAAGGGCUCCACCACACUCCAGCAAUGGGAUGACUUCAGUCACUUCAACAAGAACAAAGCAGAGGCCGAGAUGAAAUCAGCCACAGAGCUGAGGGAGGCCAUUGCCCUAACUAUCGCUGAGACCAAUAAUGAACUUGAAGCCCAGAGGGUUGCAACAGAAUUUGCCUUUCGGAAGCGGCUGCAGGAGAUGGAGAAAGUGUACAGUGAACUUAAGUGGCAAGAAAAGAAUACCUUGGAGGAGAUUGCUGAGCUGCAAGAGGACAUCCGGCACCUGGAGGAGGAUCUGCGCAGAAAGUUGCUAAACCUGAAGUUGGUCCAUACCCGGCUGGAGUCCAGAACCUACCGGCCCAAUGUGGAACUCUGUAGGGACCAGGCACAGCAUGGCCUCACUGAUGAGAUUCACCAGUUAGAGACAACCAUCCAUGCCCUGAAGCAGAAGUUGGCACAAACGCAAGAUGCUCUGGAUGCCCUGAAUAAGCAUCUGGCCCGGCUGCAGGCUGACAUUGCCUGCAAGGCCAACUCCAUGCUGCUGGAUGCCAAGUGCAUGGACACUAGACGCAAGCUGACUGUGCCUGCUGAGAAGUUUGUGCCCCAGGUGGACACCUUUAACCGCACCACAAACCGCACCCUGAGUCCACUCAAAACCUGCCAGUUGGAGCUGGCAUAGUAUGGCUCGAGAUGGGGGAGAAACGUUUGGAUGGGAAAUGGGUGGGGGAAGAGAAUGAGACCUAAUAAAUGUGUAGGCUCUCAAGUCA